UUCAUUCUCCUCUCUAUUCCAAGAAAUUUUUCGGUCAUCUCUUUGAAGAAAUAUGGCUCCCUUCAGAAAGAACUCUCCGAAAAUGGAGUCGUUUAUGGAGGAUCUCAUGAACGAAAAGCCGUUCACCCCUCCUGUUGCGAAAGAUAUGGUCGACGAGGGGAAGUCAUUCGCGGAAACAGCAGCCGGAAAACAGCUACAAGGCGAACUGCUUAUGAUGAAAGAGAAACUUGAAGCGGCGGAGAAGGAGAUGAAGGAUAAUCUUGCCAAGUUCCAACAAAAGGAGAAGGCGUUGUCGGAGGAAAUGGAGAAGACCAAAAAAGAGGCGAAGGAGAGGCAGGAAAAGCUCGAGAAAGACUUGGACGAGAAGAUGGAAAAAAUGGCGCAGGAGGCGAGGGAUCAGCGUGAAGCCGACGCGAAGAAGCUUAAAGAUAUGCAGAACAAGUCAGAUGAAGAGAGGCGUCAGAUGCAGAGGGAUGCUGACAAGAGGGCAAGCGAUCUGCAGGAUAGACACGAGAGAGAAAGGAGGGAGCUGAUGGCGAGCCAGACGAAUGCCUCAUCCGGCGGUACCGACCAGCUCGCUCGCCUCGAGAAACUGAUCAACAGCACCCGCAAAAUGAGAACUGAAGAUGCGAAAGAGCUGAAGAGGCUUCAGAAUAGGCUCGACAGAACGAAUAACGCUCGGGCCACCAUUGCGACAAAGCGGCUCAAGUGUCCUACCGGCAAACUCUACAAGAAGAAUAGAGAUGGCGAUUGGGUCUGCGGUGGGAAACAUUUUCUUUCCGCUAAAGAGUAUAAACGCCGCGCCUCCUAAUCUUUUAGACUGUUCUUCGUACCGGUUCGAUUAUGUUUCACAUAUCAGAGCGUCUUGAUUACGUGUGUACCAGGUUUAAUCAGACCACCGUGGCAUAUG